AUGUCUUUGGAAUUGCUCCUUGCUUUGCUUCUUGAUUUUGCCCGGGAGUGCAAAAGGCUAAGUGUGGGGGAAUUUGAUGAACUUCAGGCUAUCACUCUCUUCCGGGCAUUAGCAAGCAAUCCAGACAUCAGGAGCAUUGAUAUCUGCCGAGCCGGUAAGAAAGUUGUCUGGUCCCGAAAUUCGGUAACAGAAGGAUUCCGCUAG